AUGAGCAAAUACACGUAUUCUACGGCUAAUCUGACGGAUAAAGAACUUAAAGAACAAGGAAAUCGCCUUUAUAGCUUAAGGAAAUAUGAAGAUGCAAUUAAUUGUUAUACGAAAGCAAUUAUUAAAAAUCCAAACAUGCCUACUUAUUUUACAAAUAGAGCUCUUUGCUACUUGAAAAUGAAAAAAUGGGAAGCAUCUUGCCUGGAUUGUAAAAGAGCUUUAGACAUUGACUCAGGUUUAGUUAAGGGACAUUUUUUUCUCGGUCAGGCACUUUUAGAAAUGGAUAGUCACGAUGAAGCUAUCAAACAUUUGCAAAGAGCCUAUGAUUUAGCUAAAGAGCAAAAGUUAAAUUUUGGAGAUGAUAUCGGUAGUCAAUUAAGAGCAGCAAGGAAAAAAAGAUGGAAUGUUCAGGAGGAAAAGAGAAUUGCACAAGAAAUUGAAUUACAAUCAUAUUUAAAUAAAUUGAUUAGAGAUGAUACAAUUAAUCAAAUUCAAAAAUUAAAAUUAGAAUGUACCAACGAAUUGGAAUUGCAAGAAAAAAUAAUGGAGUGUGAAAGGCGUUGUGAUAACAACACUUCAGAAUUAAACAUGUUGUUUGCCAAAGUUGAUGAACGACGUCGAAAACGAGAUGUCCCAGAUUUCCUUUGUGGUAAAAUAAGUUUUGAAGUAUUAAGAGAACCUGUAAUUACUCCUAGCGGUAUAACUUAUGAGAGAAAAGACAUAGAAGAACACUUACAAAGGGUCGGUCAUUUCGAUCCGGUUACUCGUGUUAAAUUAACUCAAGAUCAAUUAAUUCCGAAUUUUGCCAUGAAAGAAGUUGUAGAUAGUUUUCUUCAAGAGAAUGAAUGGGCUUUGGAUUAUUAA